GUAACCCGGCUCCGGUGUGCAAAGAGCCGUUUCCAUAAAACCGUACAAGGCUGUACUUCUCUCCUUCUCCUCCUCCAGCUGCUGAGCUCCGACAUCCUGGAAGACUUUACAUCCGUGAGGCUGGAGGUGAAUUAAAGCUGGAGCUGUGAAACCAGACGACGCGGGGCGACAAAAACUCAAGCUGCUGGGCUUUUAAACAGAGAGACACACGAAAUAUUUAAAGUUUUUAUCCUUAAAAACACUCAACUUUAGUUUGAAGUUAUUUCACCGGAGCAAAAAAACCCUCUGAGAUGACUGAGUGCUGAGCGAAACCCACCGGGAGACCCCGAGGAAGUUUCUCCAUCGUGUCAACUUUAACAAAAGAAAAAGAAGACAAAGAAUAUUUCCCUCCCUGCGCAGCCAUGGACUCGGGAAAGCAAAUAACGUUUCCGUUGAUGUUGAGUGUGGGGACAGCUGUGAUUGGCUCCCUGCAGUUUGGCUACAACACUGGUGUCAUCAAUGCCCCUCAAAAGAUCAUUGAGUUGUUUAUCAACGAGACGUGGUAUGAUCGCUAUGAAACGCCCAUCACUAAAGGCUCCCUCACGGCCAUCUGGUCCAUCGCCGUCUCCAUCUUCUCUGUUGGUGGCAUCUUCGGCUCCUUCUCCGUUGGACUCUUUGUCAACCGCUUUGGAAGGAGGAACUCUAUGCUCAUAGCCAACAUCCUGGCCUUCAUAGCAGCCGCUCUGAUGGGCUUUUCGAAGAUGGCGAGCUCCUGGGAAAUGCUGAUCGCUGGUCGUUUUGUGGUGGGCCUGUACUCCGGUCUCUCCACAGGCUUCGUGCCCAUGUAUGUGGGUGAGGUUUCCCCAACAGCUCUUCGAGGAGCCCUGGGGACCCUCCACCAGCUGGGUAUUGUCCUCGGCAUUCUCAUCGCACAGGUGUUUGGAUUGGAGGGGAUCAUGGGCAAUGACAACUUGUGGCCGCUCCUCUUGGGCUUCACCUUCAUCCCGGCUGUUGUGCAGUGCAUCCUGCUGCCCAUCUGCCCCGAGAGCCCCCGUUUCCUGCUCAUCAACAAAAACGAAGAGAACAAGGCCAAGACUGUGUUGAAGAAGCUCCGCGGCACCACAGACGUGAGCUCUGACAUGCAGGAGAUGAAGGAGGAGAGCCGGCAGAUGAUGAGGGAGAAGAAGGUGACCAUCCCGGAGCUUUUCCGCUCACAUCUCUACCGCCAGCCCCUCCUGAUUGCUGUCGUCCUGCAGCUCUCCCAGCAGCUGUCUGGCAUCAACGCUGUGUUCUACUACUCCACGUUAAUCUUUGAGAAAGCCGGAGUUGAGCAGCCUGUCUACGCUACCAUUGGGGCCGGUGUAGUUAACACAGCUUUCACUGUGGUGUCGCUGUUUGUCGUGGAGCGUGCAGGACGUCGGUCUCUGCACCUGCUGGGGCUGCUGGGAAUGGCCGCGUCUGCUGUCCUAAUGACUAUCGCCCUGGCUCUGCUGGAAGUGAAAGGGAUGUCGUAUUUGAGCAUUGUGGCCGUCUUCGCCUUUGUUGCGUUCUUUGAGAUCGGACCGGGUCCCAUCCCCUGGUUCAUCGUGGCAGAGUUGUUCUCGCAGGGACCCAGGCCUUCAGCCAUCGCUGUGGCUGGUCUCUCCAACUGGACUGCAAACUUCAUAGUGGGAAUGGGCUUCCAGUAUGUCCAGGAGGCAUGCGGCGCUUACGUGUUCGUCAUCUUCACUGUGCUGCUGCUCUUCUUCUUCAUCUUCACCUUCUUCAAAGUGCCAGAGACCAAGGGCCGGACGUUCGACGAGAUCGCUGCUGGCUUCCGCCAGACGGCCGCCACCGGAGGAGAAAAGCACUCACCAGAGGAGCUCAACAGCCUGGGAGCAGAUUCUCAGCUCUGACUGAUUUCAACAUCUAAACAAACUCUUUCUCUGACCCAGGAGGGACGAGAAGGGUCUACUAACU